AUGGAUCGGGAGGCGUACCGCAACUGCAGCAGCCUUGUCAAAAUACCGAGACAGUCCUAUGAGCAGUUUUGGUCUUCACAUUUUCUAGAUUACAUUGACAAGGAGCUCAGCUACUCAAAGUUUUUCAGGAAAUACUUGCUUCCCAAUCACCCGUGUAUGUUUUCAAGAAGGUUCACAGAGGACUGGAAGUGUAGAAAACAGUGGGUCACUGAGGAGGGGAAACCUAAUUUCCAGAAAUUGCUUCAAGAGUUUGAUGAAACUCCUGUUCCUGUUGCAAAUUGCAAUGCAAAGGAAUAUAAUGCCAACCCUAAACAAGUCAUGCCUUUCAAAGAAUUUAUACACUACUGGAAGGAAUACAUCCAGAAUGGACACUCAUCACCCAAAGGAUGCCUCUAUCUUAAAGACUGGCAUAUGUCAAGGGACUUUCCAGAACACAGUGUUUACACCACACCAGUCUUUUUUUCUUCUGACUGGCUAAAUGAAUACUGGGAUACACUUGAAGUGGACGACUACCGGUUUAUCUACAUGGGGCCUAAAGGCUCAUGGACCCCGUUCCACGCCGACGUUUUCCGUUCCUACAGCUGGUCUGCGAACAUCUGUGGCAGGAAGAAGUGGCUGCUGUAUCCUCCGGGUCAGGAGGACUUUUUACGAGACACUCACGGGAACCUACCUUACGACGUUACAUCAGCUGAACUUCAGGACACGGGCCUGUACCCUCACUCCGAAGAAGCCUGCCAGCCUCUUGAGAUUAUUCAAGAAGCUGGUGAAAUCAUUUUUGUGCCCAGCGGCUGGCAUCAUCAAGUUUAUAAUCUGGAGGACACCAUCUCCAUUAAUCAUAAUUGGCUGAAUGGCUGCAACAUUGACAUCAUGUGGCAGUUUCUUCAGAAUGAGCUGUCAUCUGUUCAGAAAGAGAUAGACGAGUGGAGGAACACAAUGGAUUCGUGGCAUCAGCACUGCCAGGUGAUCAUGAAGGCCUGCUCUGGUAUCAAUUAUGGGGAAUUUGCCUCCUUCCUGAAAAUCAUUGCCGACAACCGAAUGUCUUUCCUGAACGCUUGCUCCUCCGGGGAAUCCUCCGAUUACUCGCGGCACCUUUCAGAGACGCUCACCACACUCGGCCCUUACCAUGCUGCCUUUGACCUACAAAGAGUGGCCCACGUAAUUGAAUGCCUACUGUGCAACGAAGACUUUAAGCGGCUCGAUCAUUCAGCGCUGACGUUACAGCCAGAAACCAUGUUACAGCAAAUUCGAGACACCAUACAGUCCACCAGGGGGCAGCAUCUCCUCUACCAGGAGUAAGUCUCACUGACGUUGUCACCAUCUGGAAAUGGCUUGACUGAAAAGUGCCAAGUUGUGCAGAGAUAAGGUUGUUUCCAGAACUUUAGCUUGAGCAGAAUGGCAUCAAUCUUAAAUGUUGCUUGUGAAUGUCUGCAUUUAGUUUUUGCACUGACUGGAGAAAUAAAAAAAAAUACAAAUCUC